CACCCAGCGGCCUCCGUCUUCGGGGCAAAGACCAUCUAGAGGGGAUAUUCGGGCCAUGAACUUGGGAGUUCCCAGUCGGAAACCCGUUCCCCGGAGUCCCAGCGGACGACAAGCUUCCUAAGUCCUAACUAGACCUAGACCUCUAUAAAUCCGAGCAGCUACUCCAGCUCGAGCUGCCUUCUGAAGGAUCACAUACGAUGUUCUGUCCUCACGAGUCUUGUCUCAUGCGAGGACGGUACUACUGCGUCGCUCGUGGCAGCCAGACACGGCCUGCAUUGACGCUGCACAAUCCUCCAUACCCACCUGCCACCAUUCCACCAAUCAUGAUCAUGUCACACUGUGACUCGAAAGCGCGCAUGCAUCGCCUGGCGUUAUGGUUCUUAUUUUAUUUUUACUGUUAUUUUUACUCUCGUUAUCUCACAUUGUUAAUAAUAUUCCACUUUUCGGUCUACAACAUUGGCAAUCAUUGGAUUGUACUCAUUCUCGUUAUUCCGGCUGUACUUGCAUACUGAUCAUAUCCUUAGUCGUGAUAGGUGGAAUACAAUCCGGCUUUCCACGCCAAACGCAACCUUGUGCUCUACUGUAGUAUUGAGCUAG